AAUACAGUCGGUGGUGUCAAUCUGAUUUCAGGUCGGUCUCCUCUGCCGCUUCCCGCCAGUGACCACGUGUCUCCGUCCGGCCUGCCAGCGUACCAUGUGGAGCAGCAACAUGGCGGCGCGGUGGAGGGGGAAAGAAGGGGAUUUAAAUGCCGGCAACAGCGACUUUCUGUGCAGCAACACACCCGACGAGUUCACCCUGUGCAGAGGUGAUGUGGAGAUGGACCCACAGUCCUGUAUGGAUCACUCCAUCUUGGCCAUUUUUGAAGAUUCCACUGUUUCAUCAGAGGACAAGAGCGGAGUGGAGGAGGAGAAUGAGACUCUGCUGUCGGCUCUGACCGAGAUGCUGGACAGUGUGGAGGAUGUCAACGGGACUCUGUCUCCCUUUGACACCUUGCCUGACACUAAGCUCCUCACCAACCAGGAGUGCAGGGACAAGUCAGCGGAAGUAUACCUCACUGACAGACUUAGACCAAGAUCCAAAUCCCCAAAUUUAACAUUCACAAUAAAGAGUGAUGGGGAAAAGGAAGAAGAGCGCAAAGUAGAGAAAAACAGUCUGACUUUGUUUCAACCCAACAAUAAGAAAGUGGAGAAUGAAGUGGAAGUCUUCACCUCAACAUCUCUGGUCAACCUGGUGAAGAUCAUGCACCCCUACUGCUUAAAGCUGCAGGUGGAGGAGGAGGGGAAGGGCUGGGAGAGCACAGCCCGACCGUCAGCCUCCUCCUGGGACAAACUGAAGAAAAAACACACAUUAUUCUCCCAGGGAGAGGUAUAUAAGUACGAGAGGCCCACUGAAGAUGGCGACGAAGAGAUUAACGUUGUGUCUGACGAUGAGGCACCUGCAAAAGAGACAAAGGAGGAAGAAGAGGGAGAUGAAAAAAGAGAUGAUGGCAAACUUCUGAAAAGCAUAUUGCUGCAUGGGAAUUCAUCCAGAGCUCCGUUGUGCAGAGAAAAGAAAAGAGUGAGCUUCGGUCCCGUUCAGAUGGCUUCACUCGAUGAAUCCGCGGGUAAAGAGUUGAAUGAGAAAAAUCAAACUAGCGGGCACACGAGUGGGAUAACAGUUUCAGAAGCACUUGAAAAUCCAGCUGGCUCCGCACUUGAAGCCCAAACAAACCCGUCGUCAGAAAUCAACAGUAACAACAAAGCUGAGGUUCUGCCACCAAAAGCUGAGACAAAGGCCAAAUCACUAAGCCUCCAACAGUACAGACAGCUGCGCCAAAAAAGACAGCCUUUGGUGGAGAAACAGGGGAACUACAUCACCAAGUGGCCCUCUGUUUCUGAGCCCCCUAAAGAGCUGACCCCCAUCCUCUGUUUACAAGGACAAAGAAUCAGUACUGAUCGUCUCCAUAGACCUUCAUCCCAUCGUACCGCUCUACCGUCCAGGCCUAACCCAGUAGAGGACAAGCCAUCCAGUCGUACAUGUGGUAGUGGGUUAAAGUGCCCAAAGACUGAGUCUAAAAUCAUCUCACCUGCUAGUCCACUGCCAGAUGUCCAGGCUAAUGCAGAUGUCAAUGUGCCUGAAAGCAAGAAAAGUCCAGUAAAGAAGCCAACGCUGCUCAGUAGCGACCCCCCAAAUCCUGUCCUCCUCCCCAUGCCCGUUACCCAAACAGCAUCCCCAUCCACUGCUCACUCCUCAUCCAAAGAAUCCAAAGUGGAGCUCCUCAACAGAGACUCUAGCCUUGAGACCACCGCAAACCUCCAAGAAAUCCAAAAUGAAUCCACAACCUCAACUUCUCAAACACAACCAUCCUCCUCAGAACCAAAGCCUAAGGCGAUGUUACCAAAGCAGGAUCGUAACUUGGACAGCACCGUCCUGCUCCAGGAAAUUAAGAACAAGCUCACUGAGAUAGUUUCAGGUAUCUCCUCUAGAUCUCCUGCACUAGGCUCCACCACAACACAAACAGAGUCGAAUUCAGAAUGCAAGGAGCCUCAAAAAUACAGUCCGAAGCCAACGAAAGACAUCAUGCUGGAACCAAAGAUUCCUCAGUCACCAUGUCCGGAUCCAGUGGGGCAGACAAAAUGUCCUUCCUCUACGUCAUAUUCCAGUCAGCCACCUACUUCCCUAAAUACUCCCACACCAGUAAAGGAGACGUCACCUGAGGUUCCCUCUAGUAUUUCUCCUCCUGAGGAGCCACCACCGUCGCCAAAGCUUGGCUGUAGAGAGCAGAGUGCUGUAGGUGAGUCAGGAAUCGAGGCCCCUGAUCUGACAAGCCUGCUGGAACAGUUUGAGGAAACACAAGACAAAGAGGAGGGAGAGAGCGAGAGCAAGCCGGAGCCCAAACUUGUUAGUGCUGCUUCAUCUCCAAAUCUGCAAACACACACAGAUCUGCACAUAACUCCGCCUAGAGGAACAGAAAAGACCUCCAAACAACUACUGCCUCCCCCUGUGGAACCACUUAAACCUUUAAGCACUUCAGAAACACCUGGGACUCUAAAAACUAUCAGGAAUCUGCCAGAUCUCCAAAUGUUACCGCUCGCGGAUAUCCCCGAGCCCCUUGGCACCGAGAUCAUUCUCAGCACUCAGCAAACGCAGCCAGCAAGGCGUAAAAACCCUCCAUCCAAGGCCAUUCAGAUAAUCGACCCCCGUCCUCUACCAUCCAAGAAGACAAACACAAGCACUUCAGAGUUCCCUGCCGCUCAUACCGCUCCUCACUUGUAUUCAUCUGUAUCCUCAGAUCAUGAUUACUGCGCGCCUGUGGACCAUUCACCUACAAGUGCUACUCAGCAUAGCAGAGCUAAGCCCUCUUUACUCAAGGAUAUUUCUAAAACCACUAAUGAAGUGCAGGUGAAUACCCACGACUCCUGUGCAACUGCUGAAUGCAGAAAACAGACCUCCACCAGGGAAGUUACCACCACUGUCAGAGCUGUUAACUGUGCAACACCUGUGAUGCAGCCUCUCUCUGAGAACCACAAGACCAGAUCAGAGACAAACCCGUCCACAGACAAAGCUCUGUCGCCUUCAGACAGUGCUGCCUCAGAGCAGGACUGCGGCGGUGCGAGCGAAGAUAAGACGGCUCCAUGCACUCUGCCGACACCUCCGCCCAGCCCUCCCAGUAGAGGAAGAGAGAAGAGGAGAUAUCGGAGAAGAUCCCCUCGCUCCUCUUCUUCCUCCUCCUCCAGCUCUGCAUCCCGCUCCCCAAAAAGACCAAGGCUCCAUCACAAGCGUUCAGAGAGCAGUUCAUGCUCGUCGUCCUCGUCUCGCUCUGUUUCCCGCUCCCCACCUCGGCGGUAUAGAUUGUCUCGCUCCAGAUCAAGAUGCAGCAGGUCCAGAUCUCGAUCUUGGUCUCAAUCCAGAUCCCCGUCACGGUCACCAUCCCCACGGACCUGCCAUACGCGAUGGAGAGAUGUUUACAGCAGCAGAGAGUCCAGACGGCUCAGGAGGGAACAUGAGAUGAGGAUCCAGAAACUUAAAGCCAUUGAUGAGCGGCGGGUGGUGUACGUCGGCCGCAUCAGCAGGGCUAUGACACACGAUGAAUUGAGAGAACGCUUCUCUCAAUUCGGAGACGUAGAAUGUGUGUCGCUUCACUUCAGAGACCGAGGCGACCACUAUGGCUUUGUCACUUUCUACAACAUGGAAGAUGCUUUUGCAGCCAUUGAUAACGGAGGAAAACUACGAAGGCCUGAUGAGCUGCCGUUUGAUAUCUGCUUUGGUGGAAGAAGACAGUUCUGCAAAUCAAACUAUGCCGAUCUCGAUGCAAAUAGAGAUGCAGAAGAGUCUCCUGCCAGAAGCAGGUUCGAGGACCUCGACUUUGAUUCAUUACUGAAACAAGCCCAGAGAGGGUUAAAGAGGUAGCAGAGCCGCAUGGAAGGACAAGAAGACCGGACUGGAUGUGGCAGAGAUGGAAAUGAUUUUUCAUGAACCUCAGAGCUUUUUGCUCAUACUUAUGUAGCAAACUUUUGUAUGUCAUUAGCUUUUUUUUUCAUGUUUUGGCACUUGUAUGUAUGCCGUUUUUUAAUGUGUACAGUUAAUAUGUACAAGUAUGUAGCACUCCUAAUUUGAAAUUAUCGUAUUAGUGGAACUCACUAAAGAUUUUUUUUUGCAUUCCAUAACACUGAUAAAGUUUUGUAUAUUUGUAUAUGAAAAAAUAAAGGCUGUUUAUUGUGUCUCCUGA